GCAGGAUGACCGUUUGGUACCCGGUACUAGUCGAACCUGCGUCCGGUGCCCAAUGAAAACCUGUUCUAGUUCUUUGUUGUACGGUCGUGAAAAAAAAAAGUCAUAUCCGAUUUGAAAAAAAUUUCCUUUCUAAUCUACAACUGAACAGAAAACAAACAAUUAGUUCAAUUCUCACGUGGUGAUGUUGAAUAUUUAAAAACCGGAGGGUGUGGGUUUCAAAUGACCUUAUAGAUACGAGCGUGCCGGACUUUUAUACAUUGAGAAGUAUUUUUCCUCUUCUCAUUGUUGUAAAAACACCAAUGGGUACCGAUUAAUGGAUAUUCUGAAUUUUUAACCGAGCGCUCUAUGUUAACUAGUAGUGAUAGGUGAAGUGAUUGCGGAAUAGUUAGUGAUGCUGUAAGGAUUAAUUACGUUAUCGUCUUGUAAAAUUUGUGGAAAUGAAGAACAUUUUUGCCCAAUUGUACAAGUGGUUUGGAGCCAAGACUCCUGCUGGGGAGAAUAAGAAAGAGGCAGAGCCCUUUUUUAUGUAUCUCAGUGUGAUAAUUGCAUUUUUAACAGCAUUCAACAGCGGCCUAUCGUUAUCAUGGACUUCACCAGUAAUACCAAAAUUCAAAACAGAAGAAAAUCCCUUCAACCAUACAGUAUCUACCACCCAAGUCGCCAUGUUGGCCUCGUUUUUGCCACUCGGAGCAGUUACAGGACCAAUUUUGGCAGGAUGGGUAGCGGAUAGGUACGGCCGAAAGUUCACCAUGAUGCUACUAGCUGUUCCAUCGAUUGCUGGCUUCUGCAUAUUGGCUUUUGCGAAGAUGAUUGAACUGUGGUAUCUUGCAAGAUUCCUUUUAGGAAUUGGAGUAGGAUGCUACUUUGCGAUUUGUCCAAUGUACGUUGCAGAAAUCUGCCAGAACCACAACAGAGCAAAAUUCGGCUGCCUAUUUGGUGUUUUCAUAACUUUAGGAUUAUUUUAUCCGUUCUCUGUCGGAGCACAUCUGAUUUUGCCAUUAUAUGCAAUGACUUGCAAUAUACCAUUGGUAGUAUUUUUAAUAGUUUUUGGAAUGUUCAUGCCUGAAACUCCAGUAUUUUUACUUGGCAAAGGCAGAAUAAAGGAAGCUGAAGACGCUCUUGUGAAAUUAAGAAAGAAGAAAGCAAUUGAGGUUCAAGAUGAAAUAAAUGAGAUAUUAACAGUUGUGGAAAAAGGUAGCGGCCAAGGGCAAGCCGGAUUCAAAGAACUUUGGGCCACAGCCAAAAAAGCAUUAAUAAUCUGCAUAGGUUUAGUUAUCAUCCAAGAAUUUUCCGGUAUUCAUCCCAUGAUGGCAUAUUUAAAACCAAUUUUCCUAGCCAGUGGCACCAAAAUAUCUCCCGAUAUUUCUACAAUAAUUUUCGGAUUAUCACAAAUAACUUCCAAUUUCAUUACAGCACUGAUUGUAGAAAAAAUUGGCAGAAGAGUUUUAUAUUUAAUAUCAGCACUAGGAUGUUCAGUAGCUUGUGGAAUUCUAGGAGCAUAUUUCUUCCUACAAACUAGAGAGAUCGAUUUGGAAUCAGUAUAUUGGUUACCACUGACAUGCAUGGUUGCCUAUAUGAUCUUUUUCAGUUGCGGUUUAGGACCUCUAGCAUGGUCCAUAGUAGGAGAAAUAUUCCCAGCCAACGUCAAAGGAAUCGGAUCAGGUUGUACCGUUUGUAUCUCAUUUACAGCGUCGUUUAUAGUACUCAUGACUUUCCCCAUAAUGAGCGAACGGCACACGAUGACAGCGCCAUUUUGGUUGUACGCCAUAGUCGCUUGCAUUGGAAUUUUCUUUAUUUACUUUAUGGUACCUGAAACUAGAGGAAUGACGCUGGCUCAGAUACAAGAGUUGCUUCAGAAGACUGAUAAAAAAUCCAAAACUGUUAGUAAACAAACUUUGAACGCUUCGACUGAGAGUGUAACGACGUAUUUUUAAGAAUAUAAAUAUUUAUUUUGAAAUUA